GGAUUUAAGAAGUCAGUCAUCGAACUAUACACUUUACCAAUUUUCCCACUUUACCAUUCUUGCAGCUGAAAUUCGUCUGUCUUUAAUCUUUACUACCUCAAGAACAUGGCUGAAACUGCCUAUGGCGUCACAGUGAAGCUCCUGGGGCUGAUUGGAUCCCUUACUUACCUAGAGCUCAGCUUGGCAUGGGGCGUUCGAAACGAUCUGACAAAGCUUGAGAGCACAGUCUCAGCCAUCAAAGCUGUACUCUUAGAUGCUGAGGAGAAGCAGGCAAGUGACCAUAGGCUGAACCAUUGGCUAGGGGAGCUCAAAGAUGUUCUUAAUGAUGCCGAGAAUGUGCUGGAUGAAUUUCACUACCGAGUUUUGCAGAAGGAAGCAAUGAAAAGAUACGGGAGCACUAGCAAAAAGGUGUGUCAUUUCUUUUCUAGUUCUAAUAAUCCACUUGCAUUCCGUUUUGAAAUGGCAAAUAAAAUCAAGGGUGUUAGGGAGAGGCUAGAUGAUAUUGCAGAUAAGAAAGAUAAAUUCAAUCUUGCUCAAGGACUUGAAGAUGGGAAUAUAACAAUGCACCAGAGGGACAUGACUCACUCCUUUGUUCAUCCUUCUAAUGUCAUUGGUAGGGAUGAAGAUAAAGAAAACAUCAUACGUCUUUUGAUGCACCAAGAUGCUGGCAGAAAUGUUAGUGUAAUUCCUAUAGUUGGGAUUGGAGGAUUGGGGAAGACCACACUUGCCAAGUUGGUGUAUAACGAUGAAGUGGUAGUUAGCCAUUUUCAAUUGAGGAUGUGGGUGUGCGUUUCUGAGAAUUUUAAUGUCUCUAGGUUGAUAAAAGAAAUCCUUAAAUCUGCUGUUGGUACAAUUGAUGAGAAUUUGAGUGUGGAUCAGUUGCAAAUUCGCUUAAGAAAACUUUUAGAAAAUGAAAAAUUUAUACUUGUCUUGGAUGACAUUUGGAAUGAGGAUCGUAACAAAUGGAUUGAAUUGGAAGAUUUGUUACUAAGCGGUUGCAAUGGAAGUAAAAUCAUAGUGACUACACGGAAUAGUUUUGUUGCUACUAUUAUGGGCACUGCUCCCACAUACAAUUUAGAUGGUCUAAUCCAAGAGAAUUGUUUUUCUUUGUUUGUCAAAUUGUCUUUUAAAGAAGGAGACGAAAAUCAGUAUCCAAACCUCUUGCAAAUUGGAAGAGAAAUCGUAAGAAAAUGUAAAGGGGUUCCAUUGGCAGUGAAAACUUUAGCCGGACUACUUUAUUCAAAAGUUGAUGAAGGUGAGUGGAAAUAUGUGAGAGAUAACGAGAUAUGGAAUUUAGAACAAAAGGAGGGUGACAUCUUACCUGCAUUGAGGCUCAGCUACAACCAAUUACCCUUUCACUUGAAGCAAUGCUUUGCCUAUUGUUCUCUAUUUCCAAAGGAUCAUGUAUUCACUAAUCUUCAAUUGAUUCAAUUUUGGAUGGCUCAUGGAAUUCUUCAAUCACCUGUCAAUGAAAAUCAAGAGUUGGAAGAUGUUGGUGACUUGUAUAUCAAGGAGUUGUUGUCAAGAUCUUUCUUUCAAGAUCUUGAUGUGCAACAAAUCUGCUUCCAUACCUUUAAAAUGCCAAAGGUGAGUGUUCAAUAGUGACCAAGGAUUCCUCCAUUUCUACAGAGGUUUGUCAUUUGUUCUUUUUUGACAAUGACCAAGAAGUUACAACGCAAUUAGAGAAGUUGAGUAAAGUUCGGACUAUUAUUUUUGAAACUAAACAACCAGUGUCCUUAUUUGAAGCAUGCAUCUUAAGAUUUAAGUAUUUGCGAGUGCUUAAUUUCAAAGAAUCAUCUUUUGAGGUGUUGCCAAGUUCUAUUGGUACUUUGAAACUUUUGAGAUAUCUCAACCUAUCAGGUAAUCGCAUAAUUAAGCGACUUCCUAAUUCCAUUUGCAAACUGCACAGUUUACAAACUUUACUACUUGCUGAUUGCGAAAAUCUUGAACGGUUGCCCAAAGAUAUGAGGUUCAUGAUCAGCCUUAGGUUUUUGAUGGUUACAACAAAACAUACAUGCAUGUCGGAGAAUGGAGAAGGUUGCUUCAAUUCUCUUAGAUUUUUGGUUAUAGGUGCAUGUGGACGUCUAAAAUGUCUGUUUGGGGGGAUGGAUGGACGCCUCGCCUAUCUUCGAACAUUAAUUGUUGGCAAAUGUCCUAAUUUGACAUCUUUGUCACUCAGUAUCAAAAACCUAACUGCCCUAGAGUUCUUGUGGAUUGGGAAUUGUAAAGAGCUUAUUUUGAUGGAGGGAGAAGACUAUCAAGAUUUGAAGUUGAGCCUCCGAAUAUUGAAGAUUGUCAAUUUACCCAAGUUAGAGGUUUUGCCCCAGUGGCUCCAAGCAUCUGCCAACACUUUACAUUGCCUAGAGAUUGAAUGUUGUGAAAAUUUUACUGCUUUGCCAGUGUGGCUACCACGUCUAAAAUCACUUCAAAAACUUAAAAUUACCAAUUGCCUUAAGUUGUCAUCUCUUCCGGAGGGAAUGCAAGCUCUCACCACACUAAGAGAAUUGAAGAUUGAAGACUGUCCAAAUUUGAGUAGAAAAUGUAGAGAAGAAGAUUGGGCCAAGAUUUCACAUGUACCAAAGAUUUUUAUUGAUGAGGACAAUGGAAGUUCAAUAGACACAGAUGACAACAUCAGCGAUGAUGAGCUGCCCUUUCUCAACAAAGAAAAUUGAAAAAGAGAAGAAGUAACAUUGAAUCCUAUGUAAUUCAUGGAGGAAUUAAAUCUUGUUUCUGGAACAUUUUGUUUCGAACUAAGGCUAGAAAGGAGUUCAACACAAAUCACAACCAAUAGAAUGCAAGUGUUGCUCAAUUCAAAGUCACAUGUACCGUCCGAAAUCGAAAAAACUUCUUCAUUGCAAUUUGGAUUAAGAGAUAUAAGUAAAUAAGUAUUGUAUUUAUUUUGAUUUUCCUUUAAGUGCUGUCAAUAAAUAAAUAUUUCCAUUAUUGUGAUUUUGUAUUGUGAGUUCACCAUUCUAGACACAAGAUUGUUGUUUGGGAGUAUGCCAUAACUGAGUGGACUGGAGGCAGAUGGUUGGUAGGCGACACCUGGUUUAGGUCCAGGAACCAACUUUGACCUCUUGCGAUGGUUUACAAACCAAAUAAUAGAUCCAAAAUAUAGAAAUUGGUUACUGUGAGGCUGUUCAUGUUAAAUGCAGUUGUGGCAAAAGUGAGGUGGUGUUGGUAGGAUUUAAAUGAUAAUCUAAUAUAUGUAACAAGAUCAUAGACAAUGAGUAAGCUGUAUUUAUUGUAUUCUGGGUCUGAAUCAGUUGAUGUGUAGUAUUUAGUUCUCCGUUUAAUUGGUUGGGUACACCGGAUUGUUUUAUUUUAGUUCUUUGAUUCUGUUUCUAGAUCUGCUAAACUUCAGACAUAUGGUAUUGUGUCUGGGAAUUAUAAAUCAGUUGAUGUGUAGUAUUUGAUUUUGUAUAUAUAUUUCAUCUCUAGGAGCUGAACUCAUUUUGUUUGUUUUAUAAAUUUUAGCGGUUUAAGAGUUUCUUCUAUUGUGAUUUUGUAACCUUGUUUUGACUACCAUGUGGUACUAUGUGAAGGAACUACUUAUUUUAUAAUUCAUAAAAAAUGAUAUUUUGAUAUUUCCAAGUUUGUCUGAUGUAAAGAUAAUGAUAACUCCAUGGCCCCCAGGUUACUCCUUAAUUUCUUAACUCCACAAACAUGUUAAACAAUGUUUUAAAUUGUAUUUGUGGGGGAGAGUCGGUUUGCUUUUCAUUCCUAUCCUCCCUAUUAAAGAUGUCUUUCCUUGCUAGGUUGACUUUCAUUGAUAAAUGGUGGUCAAUGCAGGCUUGCACCAUAACCUAGAGGGAAGAAUCUUUUUCUUUUUCCUCUUUCUUUUCCCUUUGUAUUUUUCUCUCUGCCUUAUGUUUUUCUGCAUAAGGUAGUUUUCUUCAAUAUAAAUCUUUUUAUUUAUCAAAAAAAAAAAAAAAAAAAAGAAUCUAAUUUUUCAUCUUUAAGAUGUAAUGGGCCACUGCUUAUGGUUGACUACCAUCUUUUGAGUGACUUUAUAUGAGUGAAAAUCAUGAUGUGGAAAAUGGAGAGAGAAAUGCUUUAAAGAGUUGCUAGGUCUAUAUAUUUACUUGCAGAAUGCAUUUGAGGUGUUUAUUGGUUUAAACAUAUGGUGUCUUCUCAAGUGCUGAAUGCUGCAACUAUGAAUUUUGUGCUUUGCUAUGUGUGCGUUUGGCAUUGGCUUAAAAAGCCAGCUUUUAGUACUAUUGAAAUCAUCAGUUCAGUACCUGAUGUUUGGUUGUGGUUUAAUCAAUACUAUAUUGUUGACUAUAUCUGUAGGACAUUGUUAAUUUUUUUUCAAUAAAUCAUUAAUUUAAUGCCCAUGUAGGAGCUAGUGCGCACUAAUGUACAUCAUGGUUUUUGCAGGCUUGUUUUCUUUUAGCAAAAUUGAAUCCUUCGGCUACAUAUAACUCUAAUGGUCCUCUACUGGGAGGAGAUGUUAUCUUCACUGACGAUGUGAGCUUUGAGGUCUUCUUGGAUCAUCUCCAAAGACGUUCAAUAAAGUAGAAUACCAUUACACCAUGUAAUGUAUUUAUCUUUAAUUUUUCUUUUCCCAUUUCUUGUACAGGAAUGGAUGACUUGUAUUAAUUUUUCUUGUUGGUUACUUAUCAAAAGAGGGGAAGAGGGGGGUGGGGAGAGUUUUCUUCUUGGCUAUGAUUCAUAAUAUAUAAAGAUUACAAAUUUUAUAUUACUAUAGUAAUUAUUCAAAUUAAUCAACUACAUGACUUCACUUGGCCA